AUGCUGUGCUGUGGUAGUGCUAGGGGUCUCAGGCUCAACAAACUCAGACUCUUAGACAGACUCGAGUGCGUUCCUUCUUUUCUAACGUUUCUAGUAUCGGACAACGCGACGGCUGCGAAGAAGAUCCUCAUCGAAGAGAUGGCCGAGAUCUACGGGCUGGAUCUAGAUGUGGACCGAGGUGGGAAGUCGUUGCUGCUCUUCAUUAUGGUUAGGAUCGAGAAAGCUCGCGCUCGUCCCUCCAUUUGGCGAGUGUCUGCGCCUUUCUAGAAUUUGUCUUCCCUCUGUUGAUGCGUAAGCAUAUGCUUGAUCAAAGAGAAGCACAAUCACAGGAGGCGCCAGCCCAUCACUACCAACUACUAGCACCUAAAUAAUUAGAAGCAUUCGCUUCGACGCCACACCGUCCAAGAGUCCGCGACGUAUGGUUAUCGGGGCAGUCUAAUUCUUACUACAAGCCCGGCACGGCAAAUAAAGUUCAUCAAGAUAGGAUAACGGGCGCCGGAAGCGGACGCGGUAGCCAUGUUUCGUAUACGUGCAUGGUAAUGGCGUCGCAGUCCGGCGCUGAGUAUACCGCUGGCGAGUUUUUCUUAUGCGAGGGCCUCGGUUUUUGAUUUUGGUUUAUUUUGGUGUUCUUCAGUAGUCUUGAUACCAGGCUAGUACUGAUGGCGAUGAGUGCGCACCACAAAGCAUCUUGGUUUUAGUUUCUACUCUACCAGAAAUAAACAAAAACAGACUCAGACUAUAUAUCUAUAUUAAGGCGAGCAUCAGCAUGCACAUGAAGGCCUUACUGGCAACAUUAUUCUUUUCGGUAGGAGCGUCUUCUUGUUCUUAUUUCUAAGGCGUAGUUUCUUGUAAGCUCCUGCGUCUCCCUCAAAACGAGGUGGUUCGUGGUAUUCUGUGAGGGGGUCGGAUCCUUCUCAGAAUCCAACCUGAUGAAGUACAAAAGACUAGGACGCAUUCAAGAUCAACGAUGUCAAGCUCGUGCAUGCGCUAGAGCUAGUAUCAUGAUGAUGAUUUGUUAUUGAGCAAGAAAAAGUAUCAACAACUUCCGCGACCACCUAGUUCGUUUCAAUUUUCUGGAUCCUCCCACUCCUUGCGUUCAUGCCAUGUUAACGACGUAACCGAAAGUAUGGAGAUUAGUGCAGAUGGAAAGACUGUGCUAGGCGAGAACGUUGCGGCGCGCACACGAAUACCACUCAAGCUGGGGGACGUGAUCAUCUUCAACAUUAUGGAGCGGCCCGUAUGUAAAGCUUCUUCUCCUUGUUCUUUGGUAGCUUACUCGCACCAGGGAAGCUGUAGACUGCCAGGGUAGCUUCUUCAUAAUUCAAAGAUUUAAAUAUACUAUGUAUUGGUUCAGCAAGCACACACGACUUGCGCUUCAAGCGCUUUGUGUAUACGUUUCAGGGCUCAGGGCUAGAGGCCCCCCCUGAACUAGGGAGGCGGAGGGGGGGGCCUCUCGCCCCUGACCCUUUUUUCGGAGGACUCUCGGGCGCGAAGGCCUCCAAGCGCCCACCUCCGCGCCCCUGCUGCUUCUUGCCUGUGCACUACAGAACCCCCUGCCUUGAAGCCGUACAAGCACCGACGGCCGAGGGUGGAAAGCUUCCGCAGGCGGCAAAGGUGGCAAGGCUAAGCCCCCUUGCCGUGUUGCGUGUGCCCUAGCUACAGACCUCCCAUUUGCUGGCCCCUCUCUGGGGGAGUUUCUUGGCGGUGGAAGGCCUCCAAGGGGAAGGGCAGCAGGUUGCAAGGCUUGACCCCCUUCGCCGUGUUGCAUGUAUCCGACAAGACCCACCUGGGCACGCCUUGCCCCCACCCAUCCUCGCCCUUGGUCCUCAACCUCCCUGGGCGUUUGGUGGCAGCUGAUGCGGGCACCAAUGGGGGGAUGAGGGCAACCCAACAAAAGGGUGCAGGCGUCGCGAACGUCGCCGCCUUCGGCGGCCCUCUAUUCCUGGAGGUGGAAAGUCCGUAGGGUACAUGCGGAGAGCCGCAAGGGGGCUCCGGCUCCGCCGUUUGAGGCCUCCCCCCCCGGAAAUACUCCCACCACGGCGGAAAAAAGGGCGCGCGGGCGCCACCGCCGCCCCAUCCACAGGGGGGACCUCCCUCCCUGGUACAUAUAUGAGAGUAGUUUUCUAUGUAAGUUUUAAAAGUAGUUCUAGUUGUAUAGUAAGCAGGGUUCGUUUGCUUUCAUGUAUUUAUCGUUACACACAGUAUUAUCGGAAUUAUCCUUCUCCUGCAACUUGCAUUUGCAAGAGCCAGUCAUCUAGAGCAGCACGACUGGUUGACGAUGAUGUUGUUUCCACAUGCCAAACGACCCUUCGCCAACUCUAUUUCUUUAGGUAGCGACUCCUCUCCACCUUGUUAUCUACUCAGCGCAUGCAUCAUCGCGGCGCGGGAUUCCUCUAAAUAUCAUCGCACACUGGUCCACGGAGUUGAGGCCGUCGCAGUUGCAGAGCGUCCGGGAAGCUGCACCCAGCGCGUUACGUUCAGCGUGCGCUCCACGAUGCCCCUAGGGCUUCGAAAGGUGGGCUGAUCGGGAUUGGGAAGUAGCAGGCUGGCUUCUCCCGAUGUACUGUAGAACAAUGGAAGAAGAGGAUGAAAGAAGGGAGAGGGAUUGAUAGACUCACGUAGGCUUGAGCGCCGACACUGGCACGAGAACAAUGAACAAAGGCAAAGGUCGCGACGUGUAUAAUUAUAGAGAGUCAAGAUUUAGUUUUAGAUUUUUGGAUCUGGCCACAUGAAUCUCGCCAAACUAUAAUAGAGUGACGGCUCCUCUUCCUUGAUUCGCAGUAAUAUGCAUCUCAAAGUGAAGCCUCGGCCCAUCUUGGUUUCUACGGAACAUUAGUGAGCAUUUGUUUCUGUAGUGAAAGUGAUAACUACCUUGUGCUUGUCUGUGCGGGGCUUGGCUCGUUUCCACCUGUCAAACCUUCCAACCUUCCUCGAUUCCGUCAAAUCGUGCCCAACAACGGUCAAGCUAACACGGUGCCUGUAUACAACUGAAAAUGAUGAUGAAUUAAGUUGAACUUGUUCGUUGAUGUGACAACCAACAUAGCUCAUCUCUUAUUGUCUUCACACUCAUAAGAUAAUUAACAAACAUAAUCGGAGAACCGAAGUUAGUAGAGGUCAAUCUUCUACUCAACUAUAUACCGCCCGGCUUUUGGCAAUUAAAUGGGGCUUCCCUUCAGUAUCAGUUCGUCAUCAAGAACGGGGAAUGUCAUACUUACUUUCUGUUUCUUCAACAUACUGCUCGACAAUCGGACUAUUCCUGAUAAUCACAUAUCCUUGGCGUUGGUUAUAUUUUUUUCGAAGACGAUAAAGGUGAGUUGUACAUGUAUCCAGGCAGUUAAGCAACCGAUGGAUUUGGAGUUGAACCACACCAGAAACAUACGACAUUUAAAUAAAGUUGGACAGAAAUAAAGACAACACCCCCAGCCGCUUCUUGCUUGUCCUUGUGACGCAUUGAGUUUUACUUUUAAUCAAAGAUAUUGAUAUCAUAUAGAAUCUUAAUUACCCCAUAUUUCAAUUUCAUUCCUCAUUCCUUCUAAAAAGAACGCGCCCUCAAGAAAACUACAGCAACGCCAGACUUUGGAUUUCAUGACUAUAUGCCUUGCCAUCACGCAAUUGGCCCUCAGUCCUGGCUGAAACAGCAACGACGGAUACGUUGUUGCUGUCAAAAGAGCAUCGACGUGUCAGAUGAACGUCCACCCGUCAAAAGAGCAUUUCACAUCCAC